CCCGGUCCGCCACCCACCCACCCACCAUUUGCACUCUUCCAUAAUCACUGACCAACGAUUACACCACCGACUGACCACCGACUGACCACCGACGGACCGCUUCCUGAUCCUUCGACAGCGCACGACAGCAGUCGAUAACAAUCAAUUCAAUGCGAUAACUACAAUUGACCUCCUCGUCCGACCCCUCUGUCCUCGUACAUGCUUCGACGAUCAAUCCUCCUCCCAACAAUCAUCAUGUCGCGCCCUAUGGCUAUCCGCACAGCUACCACCUCGCACUGCAUCCCCGAAGAACCCAAUCCCUCCCCGCGAUCUGCAGCACCCUCUCUCACCUACUCCUCCUCCUCCUCAGACGAACCCGAAGAGCCUCAACCGCCCCGAAAGCGACGCGCUUCCACCCGGCUGAUCUCCCAAAAUACCGCAGACGUCCAACGACUCAUCGGCGAGCCGGGCACAAACCUGAUUGAGAGAUGCUGCGGAGGAGGCUGCUACAUGGCCGUAACAAAGAAUGACAAGCUUACCCUCGAGCGUGUCCCUCUGCCAGACAACGACGCGUACAGAGCUCUGCAAUUGAAUGUGGGGCUCAUCCCGACGACAUUGUCUAGCAUCCCAGAGCUGCCUGCAAAGACCAUAUCCCUCCUCCCUAUUAAAAACGACACACCUGUUCCUUCUUCUACAGAUUCGGUCAUCUCAGUCACCUCAAAUUCCGACUCCAUCGACUUCACCCCUCAUCCUGCAACCGAGGCUCACGAAAUCGAUACGAAGAUCCACCCUCCGAAUUUCGUGCAGCCACAUCCCCCCUACAAUGUCUACUCGGCACGCAUAUUCUCUGCGCGCGAGCUGACAAAACCCGGUGCCGAGAAGAGAACCUACCACUUCGACCUCGAUGUGACAGAUUACCCAGAGGAGCUGGGCGUAGAUUUCAAAGUUGGAGGAGCAAUCGGAGUUUCCGCACCCAACGAAGCCUCAACCGUCGACUCCCUCCUCGACCUCCUUCUCAUUCCCCGCUUCCAACGCGACCGCAAAGUCCUACUCAAGACAGAAGGUGGAAGGUGGCCAACAGUAUGGGGCGACGAGCAACCCCGCGAACUCAUCACAACGCGUCGAGAACUCUUAACAUGGUGCAGCGACAUCCAAUCCUAUCCCCCAACUAAGCCUCUCCUCCGCCUCCUCGCCGAGUACGCCACGAACCCAGACGAGAAGAAAGUCCUCCUCUACCUCUGCUCAGCCGAAGGACAGGGCGUAUUCUGCGACUUCAGAACCGGACCACAUGUUACCAUCAACCAACUACUCACCGCGUUCCCCUCCUCCAAGCCUCCUCUCGAUCACCUCUUAAGUCAGUUACAGCAACUCAUGCCCCGCUUCUACUCCCUCUCCAACGACCCCCACGAGUCCUGCGUCCCCGCCGCCGGCUGCUCCCGCCUGAUCGAAAUCGCCGUCACCGUGCACGAGAGUCCAAACUGGACCGGGCCUGCACGCACCGGCGUGGGAAGCGGCUUCUUCGAGCGUCAAGCACAAGCAUUCAUCGCCGCGGAAGCUCGUGGAGAAACCCCCGAUCUGCGUGUUCCCAUGUUCAAGGGAUUGAUGGCAAACCCUCUUGCGCGCGAGUUCGUCUCCGAUGGCCCGAUGCUGUUGAUCGGUGCCGGCGUCGGCGUUGCUCCGUUUCGCGGCUUCGUCCAACGCCGCCUCAAGAACGCGAAUUGCGCGAACAAGGUCUGGGUUUUGCAAGGUGUGCGCGACUCCCUCCUCGAUGAACUCUAUUCCGGCGAAUGGGGCGUCCACGAGAGUGAGGUGAAGAAAGUGGUGCAAAGCAGAGGAGGAAAGGGGGGAGAGGGGGGGAAGAAAUACGUCCAAGACGAAGUCCGAGCGCAGGCGGAUCUAGUGUGGUGGAUCGUUAACAGUCUCGAUGGCCGCGUCUUCGUCUGUGGCAGCAGCCAGGGGAUGGGCGAGGGUGUCGAGAGCGCGCUCGUGGAGGUUGCGAUGAAGAAGGGGAACCUCAGCAAGGACGAGGCGAGGGAGUUCUGGGCGCUGAAGAAGGAGGCGGGUCAGUACAUCGCUGAGACGUGGUAGCGCGACACCCCGCCAGUUGCUCUAGCUCCCCUCUCGACGGUGUCCCGACCCUUGCUGGGAGAACGGCGGAGAUGUUCUUGUUUAUUGUCGAUAUCUUGUUCACUUGUACAAAUUCCUUCUCCUUGGUCUUGCAUUCGCAUUGGACAUGGCGUUUUUGGCGAAGGACGGGAGAAACACGGGCAAUUGGUGCAUUAGAUCGGCGUCUAUUUUUUCUUCCCUUUUCUUCUUUUUUUCUUGCUGGAAUUUUCCUCAUGCGUUUGCUGGGUGGAGAGAGAGCUGAGUUGUUUGGAUAUCAGAGGCAGGGAAAAAACAGAACAUGCAGGAUUGUUCAUUUCAGGGUACCAUUGUAUGGCAUAGCUAGAUAGGAAGCAGAGCAAUCAAUACGUGCUUGGAAAUCAUA